GAAGAUGUUCUGGUUUUAUCUACCCCUCCAUCUUCUCAUGGUGGCUUGCUUGUGUCAUUCCAUAAAAGCACCCACCACCAGAUCUCAACAGAGCCUCAAGACUGAUCUCUUCAAUUUCUACCACUCCCCGAUACUUGCUGAUGGUAAGGAAACUACAGUUCACCUGCUGAAGGAUAUACCUAAAAGGUACUACUUUGCUUUGGAGGAAGGUAGGGCGCUCGCACCCUUCACAGUAACAGUGACCCCCUGCGACGUUCCCAUCGAAUGGAGCAUACUUGCGUACAAGGCCUCAGCAAGCUUCCUGGGAAAAGCAGCACGAGGUGGUCAUGAUACACAAGAAGUCUCCAAAUCUCAGAAGUCUCCAAGCAUGGUGUCCACCAUUUUUAACUAUAAGGGAAAUUCUGUAGAGACUUACAUGGGUAUGUCUUCUCAUUCUGCCCUUUACAUGCUUGAGUUCUUAUCCACCGAGCGAGACACACACAUUACAGUCUACUUAACUACUGACACAACAUCUGGGCACCUCUAUCCAGAGCUUCCAAUGGAUCCACGCAUAGAUGUUGUUGGCAUUGGGCAUACAACAGUCACUCUGACCUGGAAACACAGCCCCUCUGUCUUGCAACACACAGAAAACAUCCAGUACUGUCUCUUAGUUAAUGAAAAGCACAACUACAAGAGCUUAUGUGCUGCUGAGACAGCAAUCAGAUCCUCUGGAAUGAAACUGCCACCUACACUAGGUUUGUCUCUCUCUCCAUACCUUCUUGAACCACAACAGGUGAUGAUAUUGUCCAACAGUGAACUGAGUAUCAUCAACAAAGUGAGUAGUGGUGAAGUCAGGCAGGUAUGCAUGGGUACCAAGAACACUUACACAGUGCCCAGUCUCAGUCCCAGCACUCAGUAUUACUUUGAUGUUUUUGUUGUCAAUCUCCUCACAAAUGCCAGCGCUGCUUACACUGGGACAUUUGCAAGGACCCUGGAAGAACCUGAACCUAAGGUGAUGGAGCUGAAAGAUGGGAAAGUUAUUCAGGUUGUCUUGGAUGGGAAAAAACAGAAACUCUACAGCCUACAGUACCAGGCGAGGCACAAGAAAAUACAAUUCACCUUCCAGUUGUGUCGUGGCCAGGUACAGGUUCACAUAACAAAGAAUGGUAAAACAGUGGCUCUGGAAAACAUCUCAGGACUGAGAUAUUUCUCACUGAAAGGAAAGCUACUGGAUAGAUAUGUGGUGCAGCUGAGGUCCACAGAGCAAUCCAACUCUUCUGUGAAAAUCCAAGUUUCCCCUCACUUUCACAAGCCCUUAUUCCCACUUCUUCCAGAGAGCUUAAAAAUCAAGUCCUUCAGUAAACUGAGGACCUGCAACUCUGUCACCAUUGCCUGGCUGGGAACGCAAGAGGAGAGCAAGUACUGCAUAUACAAGAAAAAACUUGAAGAAGACCAGAUGUGGAUGGAACUUCAGAGCGUGGACAGAUGCUCCGGGCCUGAAUCUCGGCACAAGUCAGAGAAAGUGCUUUGCAAGUACUUCUAUGAUGUAAACGUCCAGCGAGCUGUCACCACUGAGACCAUCAAAGGGCUGGAUGCGGGGACACUUUACAUGUUUGAUGUUUAUCUCUUUGGGCCAUCUGGCAUUCCCAUCAGAUAUCACAGCAAAGUUGUGAAGACCAGAAAAAAGUGCUGAAGGUUUUCAAAGAAAUGUUUUGAAGUGAGUGAGUGAAGACUUAUCAACAUCUCUGCCAGCCCACGCCAUAGCCUGUGCAGUUUAAAAUAUGCUGGUACACAAAAAGUUUUACAGUCGUGAGUUCCUAUGGAGGAAACAUCUUAGUUGUCUAGAUGAUUACACUUAUUUUUACAGCUGCUCUCCUGUAUACUGUUCUUGUUUGUUUGGUUGGUUGUUUUUUUCUUUUUCCUCUUCAGCUGUCUCAUUCAGAUAUCAAAAACAGACCUGUGGAACAAAUCCACGCACAUGGAAAUAAAAUACCCACGACAGCAGCCAUGGGAAAUAGAUUGGUUACCUAAAGCACUUCUGAAAUCCAAUACAGAAGUGAUGGGAAAUGCCUCUCGAGAAACACACAUCAUUACUUUAAAGGCCCAGAAAGUUUUCCACUUUGUAUAACUUCAUAGCUAAUGAAGAAUUGAGAUACCCCACAAGUCAAGCUGCUCUUAAGAAACUGAACUUCCCUGCUGCUUGUACAGGGGUGGAGAUAAAAAGAUCUUACAAGGCAGUUGAACUGGUGUAAAGCUCCACACUUCUAAGUAAAGUAGGCUGACAUACAUCUUCCCCUAUGACCUGCAUGUUUGCUUGGCCUUCAUUUCUAGAAACAACUGUGCUUGCUUAGAAGUGGACAAAAUGGAAUAGAGUCUGGGUCCAGCUUUUCUGUGGGCUAUACAAACGCUCUGCUGUGCUUCUGCCCAUUGAGGAAAGCAGCAAGUAAGGAAGCUUGCCAUGGAAAGGAGGUUUUUAAUCUAAAGUCUCUUAUAUCAAGCCUCUGUCUAUCACCAUGGGACUCCUGAGUGUAAUAUGUACUCACUCUUGACAUCCUUAACCCAGCCUGUAUCAACAAAUGCAUUGCUUUAGGAAAAAUUAAAUGUGGUUUCUAUUAAGUAACAUGGAAGGAAAAUAUUUGUAGUAAAAAUCCCCACAAGCUUU